UCUCCUCGAUCAAAGCACCAAAGCACCAAAUCCCAUUUUAUAUCCACUGUCUCUUUGAUUCUGUACACUUUUUUGGGUUCGAAUUGUAUUUCAUAUUUUUUUAGAUUCAACUGUUUCGAUUCUUUUGGAACCCGUGUUUGUUUUCUCGUCUACUGUGAGUUUGUGAUCUGGUUCUGGAUUUUAUUUUCCAAGUAGAGUUUACACAGUUACUUCCGAAUCUGCUUCCAUUAAUUGUUUUGGGGCGUUUAGAUGGCGGUGCAAAAUCAUGAUCAAUUCGAAGCUUACUUCAGGAAAGCAGAUUUAGAUGGAGAUGGCAGAAUUAGUGGAGCUGAGGCUGUUGCUUUCUUUCAAGGAUCCGGUUUGUCCAAACAAGUCCUCGCGCAGAUAUGGACAUAUGCUGAUCAAAGCCAUAGUGGUUCCCUAAGUAAGCCAGAGUUUUUUAAUGCUCUCAAGCUUGUGACUGUAGCACAAAGGCGUGAAUUAUCACCAGACAUUGUCAAGGCAGCAUUAUAUGGUCCUGCUGCAGCAAAAAUUCCAGCACCGCAAAUUAAUUUUCCUUCCACAUCUGCACCACAAAUGGGUGCAGCUAUGCCAGCAUCCUCUCCAAGUCCUGGGUUCAGAGGACCAGGAGCUCCAAAUGCUGGUAUGAGCCAGCAACAUUUCCCUUCUCAACAAAACCCAUCAGUUAGACCCUCAAAAACCAUGCCUGCUGCUACUGCUCUGCAUCCCCAAGGUAUUGCAACUCCAGAAUUUCCUAGGGGAGGUAGUAGUAGUACUGUUGGUCAACCUCAAGCUAUGCCUGUUGGUUCUACUGCCCUUUCACAUCAAUCUAUGCCUACUGUUUCUACUGGUCCCGGUUUCACAAAUCAAAACAUGUCAAGCAACUGGCUUUCUGGAAGGACUGGCGGAGCUUCAACUGGGACACGAGGGGUCACUCCAUCAUCAGCUUCUAAGCUUCAAACAGCAGUUUCAAUGCCUUCCCAGCCUACUGCUAAUGAUUCUAAAGCAUUGGUUAUUUCUGGAAAUGGGCCUGCUUCUAACUCCACAUUUGGAGGUGAUGCGUUUUUUGCAUCCUCAUUUGCACUGAAACAAGAAUUAUCUACACAAACCUUUUCUCCUCACAGUGCACCCUCGCUGGGGAUUAGACCAGUUUCAAGUGGGCCCCAACCCAUAGUUAAGUCCAACUCUCUUGACUCAUUGCAAAGUGCAUUGUCUAUGCCUUCUGCUGGUAGUCAAAGUCAAAGGCCUUACUCUUCUUUAAUCCCAGGUCAACAAGUGUAUUCCCAAGGUCCGUCCUCUAUUACACCAUCUGGGAUCUCUGUCGGAGCUGUGAAUGCUGCUUCAAGCAGUUUCCAGCCUCCAUGGCCAAAAAUGAAACCAUCUGAUGUUCAGAAAUAUGCAAAAGUGUUCAUGGAAGUGGACACCGACAGAGAUGGGAAGAUAACCGGUGAGCAGGCGAGGAAUCUAUUUUUGAGUUGGAGGCUACCUAGAGAGGUUUUGAAGCAGGUUUGGGACUUAUCUGAUCAGGAUAGUGAUAGUAUGCUUUCUUUGAGAGAGUUCUGCUUUGCUCUUUAUUUGAUGGAGCGGUAUAGGGAAGGCAGUCCUCUUCCAUCUUCACUCCCAAGAAAUGUCAUGUUUGAUGAGACACUCUUGUCCAUGACAGGCCAACCCAAUGUUUCAUAUGGGAAUCAAGCUUGGGGCCCUAAUCCUGCUGGUUUUGGACAGCAUCCAGGGAUAGGUGCUCAGCCAGGGAUAGGUGGCCAUUCUGUGACUCACCCGGCUGGUUUAAAACCUCCAAUUCGCCCCAAUGCUUCUGCUGAUACUGCUACCAUGUCCAAUCAACAAAAGCCAGGAACACCAGUGUUGGAUGACUCCUUUGGAACUCAAGUUGAUAACAAUGAACAGAAUUCAGAGAAUGGUGUAGCCGAAGAUGUAAUGGCUGAUGGAAACAAGGUUGAUCGAACUGAAAAAGUGAUUUUGGAUUCCAGAGAGAAGCUUGAGUUCUACCGUGACAAAAUGCAGGAACUUGUCCUGUAUAAAAGCAGAUGCGAUAAUAGACUAAAUGAAAUCACGGAAAGGGCAAUUGCAGAUAAGCGUGAGGCUGAAAUGUUGGCAAAGAAAUAUGAAGAGAAAUACAAACAAGUGGCAGAAAUAGCUUCCAAAUUAACAAUUAAAGAGGCAAAAUUUCGUGAGAUUCAGGAGAGGAAGACAGAGUUGCAUCAUGCUAUCGUUAACAUGGAACAAGGGGGCAGUGCAGAUGGUAUUCUUCAGGUCCGCGCGGACCGAAUACAAUCGGAUCUUGAGGAGCUAGUGAAAGCCCUGACUGAAUGAUGCAAGAAUCAUGGAUGUGAUGUGAAGUCAUAUGCAGUAAUUGAGCUUCCCAUAGGUUGGCAACCUGGAGUUCCAGAGGGAGCCGCACUCUGGGACGAAGAGUGGGACAAGUUUGAAGAUGAAGGGUUUGGCAAUGAGCUCACUGUCGAUGUGAAAAAUGUGUCCGAGUCUCAGAGAGGAAAAGCAUCUCCAGAUGGUAGCUUGACCCCUGAUUCCUCCUAUGUGGAUGGACAAACAGGAAAUCUCUUCGGUGCUGAACGUGCUGUUGAGAGCGAGUCUGCAUACACACACAGUGAAGAUGAAUCUGCCAGAAGUCCUCAUGGUAGUCCUGUGGAAAGAAACUCUCUAGAAAGCCCAUCUCGACUAUUUUCUGAUGACCAUUUUGGAAAGAGUACUGAAGCAGGUUCAGAAAGAAACCGUUUUGAUGAAUCAGGAUGGGGUACCUUCGAUAAUGAUGAUACGGACUCUGUGUGGGGAUUUAAUGCUGUUAAUACCAAGGACUCGGACAAGCACAGAGACUUUUUCGGAUCAAGUGAUUUUGGUGUCCACACAAGAACAGAAUCCCCGCGUGCAGAUAGCUUUUAUGAUAAGAAGAGUCCAUUUACAUUUGAAGACUCGGUUCCCAGCACUCCGGCCUCCAAGUUUGGGAACUCUUCAUCAAUGGAUUUUGACAGUUUCUCAAGGUUUGAUUCCUUCAGCAUGCAUGACGGUGGUUUUUCAACACAACCCGAUAGGCUCACAAGGUUCGACUCCAUAAACAGUAGCAAAGACUUUGGCAGUGGGUUCUCACGGCAACCUGAGACGCUCACUAGGUUCGAUUCCAUGAAUAGCAGCAAAGACUUUGGCCAUGGAUACUCAUUUGAUGACUCCGAUCUGUUCGGCUCCAGUCGGCCAUUUAAAGUCUCGUCGGACCAACAUAGUCCGAAGAAAGAUUGCGAUGAUUGGCGUGCUUUCUAGCUGGUAAUCCAAAAGAGA